GGAAUGAGGUGGAGAAGACAGGUAAAAGUAGAAAGGUGUUAGAACCAUUGCAGUGGUUAGGUGUAGAGGACAGAGUAAAGAAGCAGAUUCAUGACAAGGGACUGGAUCUGGAUAAAAUACAGUGAGUUGAUUGAAUUCUCGAAAAUCAGUGCCAAACCGAUCUCAAGCGUCUGUUUUCUUACAUAGAAAGGGUGGAGGACGAAAAUGGCGAGGUGGGUGGUUCGAUGUACCCAUUUUCAACACUGGUUUCGCUCUUGUACAAACUGUCCAAAGGCAGAAUGUAUUGCUUAACUCAUGUUGGUUAGUUUUGAGUUAAUUUGAUUUGAAAUGUCUGUGUGAGGAGUACAGCGACUGUGGAUCCUGUCGUCACUGGUUGAAGAGGAACUGUCGUCGUAUGCCUCGUAGAGCUGUCCGUUUACAAAACCAAUUCAUCUGUGUAAAACGAAAUCAGAAUCAGAGUUAACACAGGAGGACCUGUCUUGAACACCAAGCGUGUGACUGUCUAACCACCUGUCUGUGAGACAAUCACGUGCAUACCUACUAUAUCUACAUGUCAGCGUAUGCAAGAACCAGAAGAAAACAAUACCUGAGGAGGUCUUUACCAACGGCACCAUAACUUUUUUUCGGAUCAUUUUUUCUUCAGCAUCAUGAAUCUUCUGAAAGCUUUUAUCGCCUGGACAGUGUCGUCGUACGCCUGUCACCACACUGCCAAGGUCUUCCUCACGGAGGUCAGUGCGCUGACUCUUGUCCUCACUCCCGUGAGUGCGGCUGCAGUCCUGUCGUUGGUGCAGUUACUGUGUUGCUGUCUCGUCACCAAAAUGUCGCAGGACAAGUCGGUCAUCGUGGACGAUGCACAGGUAACGAAAACGACGACCAAAGAUGACAAGGCUUGUUCUUACGUUGCUAUGACGAUGCACGUGCUGUCGACGUUUCUGACCAACUGGAGUCUGGCCAGAAUGGAAGCGGCCUCCACGUUGGCCAUCAAGCUGACGGAACCCAUGGUAUCCGCGAUAGUGCAGUGGAUGUGGCUACGUGAGGGUCUCAACUGUCACGUGUGCGUCAGCCUUCCUCUGGUGGUUGGCGGGGCGCUAGUAUUCAUCUCUGAUGACGUCACGCAUGUGCAGCAGGCGCUGACCUCUGGCGUGAUGCUGGCCAUGGCAUCUAACGUACUACUGGCUGUCCGCAACGUGGCUAUCAAGGGACUGCACUCUGGUAAGCUAAACGUUAGCCUCAGGUGGAUGGGGUGGAAUCGCCUUGGUCUGACGGCCGGAGUGUCUUUCGUCAUCUUGGCGUCAUCAUCUACCCUGGCCAUCCGUCGCGUGGUGUCGCCUGGCACCGAUCUGGCUGUGACGUCGCUGCUGCUGUCGGGAGUGUUUCACGUGACGUACUCGCUGAUCAGCACGAGCGUCAUCCUGCGUGCGCUGGACGUGGUCAGUCACGCUAUGGCCAACGUCAUCAAGCGCAUGUUAGUGGUGGCGCUGCUGUACGUCAGCGGGUCACGCAGUGCAUCAGGCGUCAACGCUGCGGGCCUGGCGAUGGCGAGUGUGGGACUCGCUGUGUACGUCAGAGGGAAAGCUGCAGUCAAAGCAGAGAGCUGGCGAUGCUGCCCUGUUGGUACUAAUCUAAAAGGUCACGUGUACCGAAAACUGACGGCGAGUAAUGGAAGAUGUCAGGUGCUGGCUGCAGCCCUCAUCAGUGCGGCAUUAUGCUUGUCUCUCACAUCUGUAAACACAUUGCGACCUCUUCACCUUACCUUGGGUUACCUGGGGGCAGACGACGACCAGCAGUCAUUUCCGCUGAGACCUGAAUGGAGUACACAGUCAGCUCCCUUUGGUCUCAACUGGCCAGGUCCACCAGACAACGCCACACUCUUGUCACAGUGGGCCGACUUCCUGUCUCUGGACUACACCCAGCAUCCCUUCGACACGGACCGCCUGGCGCCUCAUCUCACCACCAACGAGGAGGUCAUCUGGGAGAUACAGCGGUUGCACAUGCAGGUGAUGACGUCAUUGCUGGGGGGACGACGUCACGUCAUGCUACUGGACUUUUCUACGUCAGAGAACAAAGGGGAUCCCGCUAUUACCGUGGGAGAGGUGGCGCUGCUGCGGAGACUCAACGUCACAGUGGUGUUCUACUGCUCCAUCUAUAUGUGUAGUGAUGCUAAGCUUAAGGAAGCACACAAAAUUAGCAGGAACUUCACCCCAUCCUCCCUCAUGAUCCUCCUCCACGGAGGUGGAAACCUUGUGGGGUACCCGGAGUCGGACAUCUUGCGGAAAAAGAUCUUGAAUUUUUUCCCGGACUUCCACUGCGUGUUGCUCUCUCAGAGCAUAUGGAUUCGCAAGGAUCACGAGAAGCAUCUGAACAUGUGUAGGGAGCUGUACUCCCACAGGGAGAACCUGACCAUCUUCUUGAGGGACAGACAGUCGCUGGGUCUGGCGCAGAAACAUUUUCCAGGGACGAAACUCAUGCUGAUGCCCGACAUGGCGUUUGGCCUGGGGCGUGUCCCGCGCACUAUGCCGCCUACACACGACAUCGUGUGGAUUAAGAGAAGUGAUAGCGAGUCUUCUAAUUAUAAGAUACCGGAGAUCCCCGCCAACCUCAAGGUGCAAGUAGAAGACUGGUGGAAAUGGACGACAAACAAGGGGAGAACACCCAUGGAGACUUCGUUUCUGAUAGCCUUCAACGGGUUGUCGUUCUUGCAGCGUGGGCGCGUGGUGAUCACUGACCGACUACACGGCCACAUCCUGUCCGUGCUGCUGGGAAUCCCUCACGUGCUCAUCGACAACCCUCCCUACUUCAAACUCUCCUCCUUCCGUCGCACGUGGACGGCGGGGUUAUCCAACACUGUGCUGGUCACCAAAGGGGAGGAGGCUCUGGAGAAGGCGCAAGAACUUUUACAGAGAUACGAGAGUUCCCUCCCUCCAAUCAUGACUUAUUGGGAAGCAAAGUAUUAACAUAACCGUCAAUUUUCUUGUACCUUUUUGGACUUUGUAAUUUAAUCACAUCAGCCACUGAAAAAGUUAUCUCCGAAUAUCUUACUAAAUGAGGCGAGUGUAAAAAGUAAUCGAACUUGUGUCGGAGACAAUUUAUUUAAUUGUAAGCUCUAUAGUCCUCUUUAAAGUAAUACUACUUAAAGUCUAAUGCACUUUUUCGUCUUUCUUUAUCAUGCUUCUAUUAAACGUUGAAAGUAUUCUUCUGGGUGGUUCACCCGACAAUGCACCUUCUGACACUGCCCUCACCAUCAGGCAGCUCCUGGCGUAGAACAUCGCUGUACAUGAACAUUCCUGUGUACCUGAUCUGACUUUUUCCUUUCACUAAGCUCCAGGGGAUCGAGGGAACCAGUUUUGAAAUCGUGGAAGUCAUGAAGUGAGUCGUAACGAUUGAGAAGAAUCCUUUCAGUACUGCACUGAAGGAUGGCAAAGAAGUAAGGAAAAGUUCAUUGGGCUCAACCGGAUUGAUGAAAAUAUAUAGUCUGUUGUUUGGAAUUGAAAUAAAAUGUUUGUGACUUCCUUCCCGUUAUUUUUGUAAAAUAACUGCUUUUUAAACUGUUACUGCUGUGCAAUAAAUUAUCAUAAUAAAGGUU